UGGUCUCAUCUGCUCACGUCUUCUAACAUUUCGCAAAGAUUCCUGCAUCAGGAUGGUGGACCCUACAUUAAUUUUGAUGGAGACUUUGGUGCUUCUGUUUUACCUCGAUGACAGUAAAGCGGUCAUCCAAGAGUGUUCGGAAGUCUGCGACUUCUACGAGUGGGGUAAAGAAGCAGAGUGUCAAGGUCGGGCCCUGGAGUCUGUUCCUCAAGGGUGUCUCCAUGCAAAGACCCUUAAGAUGCAGGACAACCGCUUGGUAAAGUUGGCUCAAGGAUCCUUUAGAAACUUUACCUGCCUCAAGUAUCUGUACUUGGAGAGAAACAACAUGACAGUGGAGGUAGGAGCCUUCGAAGGGUGUUCCAGAUUGGAGAAAGUCCAUCUGAAUCAGAAUCAUCUUCCAAUCCUGACGAAAGGUAUCCUGAAUGGGAUGCCGAGGGUCCUCUACAUGUUCCUGAAUAAUGCUAGCGUUCACGAGAUUCAACCUAGGGCCUUUGGGAAUAUGUCACAAUUGAAGUUUUUAUCCCUUGAAGACAAUCGAUUAAACACACCACCUUGCGAUGCUUUCAGCAUCGACAGUUCCCUCGAGACCCUUUAUCUCACAGGUAACAAUAUCUCAUAUUUACCAAAUAACUGUUUUAGUGGAUUCAGCCGCUUAAUCAAACUAUACCUGAAAAGGAACCCUCUCGUCAACCCGAACCUGUUUGCAUUCAAAGGUUUAGAGAGUCUCACUCUGUUGGAUCUUCAGUUCACCAAUUUGACAGAAGUACCAACCGGUAUAUUUCAGAACGCCAUCAACAUUGAAAAGCUGUAUCUUUCAUUCAACAACAUCUCGCAUUUAUCUAACCGUGACUUCAUGAGCCUCUAUAGACUGACGCACCUUUAUCUCCAGCACAAUAAUCUCAUUGUAAUCCAAGAACAAUCAUUCGAAUUCCUAAGCGCUCUUCAUACGUUAGAUCUUUCAUUCAACAGAAUCAGUUCAAUACGAGAGAACGCAUUAUCGCAUCUCAGUAAUAUCAGAGAUAUAAAGCUACAGAACAAUCUCUUAACAUCGACACGAAACAUUUCAUUUAAUACUUUACCCAAUGAAACCAAAGUCAACUUCACUCACAAUCCCCUGCAUUGCGACUGUUUCCUGGAACCUUUCCUGGCUUGGUCUAAGGCAUCAUCCACCAAUGUUCUUGAUGGCUCGCUCAGUACUUCACACAAUGCCCGAUGUUCAUCCCCUCCAGUAUUCAAAGGAAGAUUGGUCCUGGGCAUACGACGCGAUGACAUUUGUUCUGAAGAACCCGGAGUAAGCUUUGAAUCGCAUACAGUAUCUGCUCCUGAUAUGGAAAGAGAAGAGCGUGUCGAUUUAUCCAAGACUUCUGCAUUUCCCGCCACAGUGGUGACGGUCAUUGCCGUAGUGGUCAUACUUAUCAUCGUCGUAGUAAUCGUGUCUGUCGCCUUACUUCGAAGGAGGAAACAGAGUAUCAGAAAGAGGCAGCGACAUGAUCUCGAGACUAAUAUCCAAAUCACCACAAACCCUUUGGAUACUGCGAUUCUCCGUGGUCAUAGACAGAUAACAUCGCCAUCGCCUCCCUCUCCGAUACCCGUUGAUGACCCAUACUACAUCUCAAUUAACGGUGAAAGCCCAUGUCAAUCACCUGUACAUCCUCCUCUACAUCAUCCUAUGCCGCCACGCUUCUCUUCUCAGUCAAAUAUGAAUCAGGAUGGUAUUAUCUACUCCAGUGUCUUGCCUGAUGGUGAUCCUCAACGCACCACUGAUAAUGACGUCACUUACACAAGUGUUCAGCAUGAUGAUACGGAUUCAGGACCAGUCACGAGGCCGUUGAGCAUGAUGAAUGAGAUGCCAAUUGAAGAGUGGAUGAGGAAGAAUUGCCGGUUAGACAGCGGUACCAGCCCCUCUGGAACGACUCACAACUCGGAGACUAAACUUACCGGAAAUGCGGGCUCACCAUAUAUAACAAUGAUAACACACACCUAAGGAGUCUGCUAAUAAAAUGAAGAAAAAAGUAUGGAGAUAUUUCGACAAGGUCGCAACAGCUUUCGACAAAUCAACUCGGGGCAAUUUCAAUGCCCUACGGUAUAUCCGAUAGAAAUCAUGUUAGUUUUACGUUUAAUACGUAAUUGUAAUGUUUACAAAUAUCAAAAGGUGAUGGUAACGUCUAUUCAUAUUUAGUUAUUUUGGGCGUCUUUGCGAUCGCGUUAUUUAUUUCCAUCAUUUUCCGUAUUACAAAAGAUUUCCACAAUCAAAUUUUCCAGUGCAAACCAUUUUGUUGGCUUUGAAUGUGAAAACAGAACCCUAUGCAGAGAUACUUUUUAACAAAAAUACAUAAUGCUGCUCGAAGUAGUGACCCUAUCCAACAAACACAGUUACAUCACACUGUAUGUAU